GAUUUAUUACAAGGAACUUGGGCUUCUUUUUCGAAUGGAAAAUGUGAUGUAAAUUAUAAAUAUCAAUAAAUAUUGAGUUAAAUUAACCAACAUUUGGUGAAUAUAAGCAAAUAUAAGGACAAUGAGUACAGAAAACGUAGUACAGUUAAUUGAAAAUGAUGAAUUCUAUGGCCAGUUUUUAAAAAAUAAUUCCAAAGCUUUAUCAGAGUCACUAGCUUUUACAGAACAAGUAAGAAAAUUAGGAGAAGGAAUUGAAACUUUAAAUAAAGAAUUGCAGAAGCAAGUAUUAGAAAACCAUGAUGAUUUACUUCGACAGGCAAAUCAUGCUACCAAGUUGGAAAAUGUUUUAUCCAUUAUGAAUAUGCAUAUUCAAAGUCUAUUUGCAAAUGCUGAAAGAUUGAAAACCCAAAUUACUGUUUCAUAUGAACAACUAGAAGCGCAUACAAAAGUUUUGGGCCAUCUUCAUAAAGCAAGUCACAUUUUGCGACAAGUCAGUCGUAUUCAACAGCUUAGUAAAAGAUUGGCUAAUACCAGUGAUCCAUUACAAAAAGCCACAUUACUACAAGAACUAGAACAACUAGCUGGAGACUCAGAACUAACUGAUGUAGAUAUAAUUACAACUGAGCUGCGGAACAUAAGGAUACAACAGCAAAAAGUUAUUAAAUUGGCAGCAGGUUCUCUUAAUCAAGGAAUAAUUAACGAAAAUCUUAUACAAACUACUACAGCCUUACAAAUUUUUAUCAAUCUAGGAGUCAUAAAUGAUACAGUGAAUAAUUUUAUUAAACAGAAUAUUGAUGAAUGUCGUGAUAUUAUAAAAUCCGCCUUGGACGUCAAUAUAUCUACUAGUAUAAAUAAAUCAAAAGGUGGCAGUGGUAGAAUGCAAUUUAAUUCCAGUCAAGGAUUUUCGAACAAACUUUGGAAUGAAUUGGAGAAAUGUUUUUCAGGAGAUAUCUAUCAGAUUUGUAAACAGGUGAAGUUUUUUCAAAUAACUAUAAAUGAACUUCAUUUGUCCAACAUAGAUAAAAACUUAGCAAAUAAGUUUUGGACCGAUCUUGGUAAAAUUAUUCAAGAAGAAAUAAAUCAAAGUUCUGUUGCUGUUCAGCAAAUUUUAGAAACAGACUAUCCAAAAUUAUUAAAAAAAUAUUAUGAUAUGGCGAAUAAAUUAAAUUACAAACAAUUUAAAUUUGACCGAUUUGUUUUAAAGAGAUUGGAAAAUUCAUAUUUAUCUAGUUCAUUAACCAAAAUUUUAGAACCAGUUGAGGAUAUGUUUAAAGAAGAAAAUAAUAUUCCUAAUCAUGAUGAAAUUGAUUCACUGAUAAGAAUUAUGUCAAGUGAACUCAGUGUAGCUCUAAUUGAAGAGAAUUUAAGUGAACAAGUAUCAAAAAAUAUUGGAAAAUGUAUAAAAAUGUUUAAUGUUAAAAUUGAAAACAAAAUCGAAAGCGGACCAGAAUCGGCUCAAGUAAUUGGUGGUACCGCAAAUACAGGUCAACAGAAAAACGUUCAAUAUGCAAAUAUUCUCUAUUAUUUGAAAACUCAGAUACACCGAACGUUGAUUAAUAUGAAGGAAAGUUUACCAGAAAGUAGUGCAACCAUCAUUAACGAAAAUUUGGAAAGUAUUAACGGUUUAACAGGAUCCAUAAUAGAACCGUUAAUUGUAUCGAUAAAUUCUGUAAUAGAGACGAUUUUGGUAACCAUGCAUUUGGAACCAGAUUGGUUAAAAAUUCAAGUAGUAGCAAACAAAAAUUUACCUUGUAGCCCAUACAUGAAGGAGUUAAUACAGUUUAUAACGAGAGUUUAUAAUACAUACUUGGUUAACUUUCAUAAUAAGGAAGUGCUGUCUGAAAAGUGCAAUAUAAUAGCAAUAAAAUGCAUUGAUCUUUUGGUGCGCCACUCGGCGAUUCUAAGGCCUGUGGGCCAAGGUGGACGUCAUCGUUUACAAUCAGAUUAUCAUCAUCUAGAGGAAGCUUUAAAAGUGAUUUGUCCUAAUUUAACAAACUUGGGUCGCCCGUAUAGAUUGUUAAAAUCGAUGGCAUCACUUAUAAUCCAAACACCGGAAGAUAUUAUAGCAGGGCAAGUUUCUGGAAGUUCAGUGCCUCACAGCACUAUUCUCUUCAUGCUGUUCUCAUUUGCUAAUCUAGAAUUGGCUAGUCCACAUCAAAAUACAGGAUGGUCGUUGCCGAAAUUAUCAACCUGGUUGGAUGAACAUCCUAAUGAAACGGAACGGCUGGAUUUAGUGGCAGGAGCACUUCAGAAAUAUGAAAGUAUGGUAAGGCAAAAAAAUUCUACAAACUAUGAUCCAGUAUAUCCGUUAAUGUCAAACUUUCUUGAAAUGGCAGUUAAGGAGAUUAAACAUUGAUUAAACAUUUUUGAGACAUCAU